GGGGUCAGAGUCAGAGUUGGGGGUCAGAGUCAGGGGCCAGGGGUCAGAGUCAGGGGUCAGAGUCAGGGGGUCAGAGUCAGGGGUCAGAGUCAGAGUUGGGGGUCAGAGUCAGGGGCCAGGGGUCAGAGUCAGGGGUCAGAGUCAGGGGGUCAGAGUCAGGGGUCAGAGUCAGGGUCAGGGGUCAGAGUCAGGGAUCAGAGUUAGGGGUCAGGGGUCAGAGUCAGGGGUCAGAGUCAGGGUCAGGGGUCAGAGUCAGGGAUCAGAGUUAGGGGUCAGGGGUCAGAGUUAGGGGUCAGAGUCAGAGCAGGGGUCAGAGUCAGGGGUCAGAGUUAGGGGUCAGGGGUCAGGGGUCAGAGUCAGGGGUCCGAGUCAGAGUUGGGGGUCAGAGUUAGGGGUCAGGGGUCAGAGUUAGGGGUCCGUGUUAGGUGUCAGAGUCAGAGUUAGAGUUAGGGGUCAGAGUCAGAGUUGGGGGUCAGAGUCAGAGUCGGGGGUCAGAGUCAGAGUCGGGGGUCAGAGUCAGGGGUCAGGGGUCAAAGUCAGGGGUCAGGGUCAUAUUUCCACAUUCACUGUCAAAAAUGGCUGAAGGUUUGGAAAGUUGUGAAUCAGAGAUGAGCAGAGGGGCGGAGCUUCAGGUCUCCUGUUUGAUGUUGACCCUCUCCACGGUCGUCUCCUCAGAUCUCCAAGUCCUUCUUCUCGGCGCUCGGGGACGAGGCGGUGCAGCAGAAGCUCCUGUCGCUGAUGUUUGACCUGCUGCUGGAGAGCAGGAGCCCCCUGGUGGCCAACACGGUCAGCAGCGUCUUCAAAGGGGUGAGAAGAACCAGACGAUCAUGUGACUGUGAGGGUCCGUCAGAGUAACUCCACCUGACCUUUAACCCUGGUAUCUCCUCACGAACAGAUCGCGGUGGAUGCUCAGCUGGUGGCCAAUGAGCUCGCUCCUCCAGAGAAACCCCGAGUCAGCGUGACGGUGCAGCAGACCCGCAGGAGCAGGAUGGCGCUGAGGUGGAGAACCUGUCCUGAUCACUCCAGAUCCUCCUGCAGAGUCUGAGUCUUAACCUGAGUCUUUUCUUGUCCAGGAAACCCGAGGUCAGCGCCGCUGCCGGUCCAGAGGGGGGCGCCGUGUCGUGGCAGAGGGUGACCCUGAUCCUGGAGCUGCUGCAGCACAAGAAGAAGCUGAAGGGAGCUCAGACUCUGGUCCCGGUCCUGUUCUCGCUGCUCAGCAGGUCUGCUCCCUCUAACAGACGGUUCUGGUUCUUCAGGGUCUACACCGACCCCGGGUCUGACCUGGUCUUUGUCUCUUUCAGGAGUCUGGAUUCAGACCCAGAAGACCACGCCAACAUGGAGUACACCAAACAGCUGCUGCUCAGCUGUCUGCUCAACGUCUGCCACAAACUGUCUGCAGGGGGCGCUCUGGGUUCAGGUGGGUCCGACCACAGAUAUAGAUGUAUAAACGCUAGAUGGCUUACACACACUGUUAGUAAAUGGAGACUGACGUCCACGCAUGGCGGCCAUCUUGCUAAGGUCAGCUCGCCAACUUCCUAUCAUUCCAACCCAGAUAGAUUGAUUAAUUUAAAUAAUAAAAUAUUGAUUAAUUUUAAACUGAUUUUCAGUUCAGAGGAUUUUUGAUCAGAUUACUCACCUCCUGUCAGCGACCAUAGAGUGAACUACAAUGGUAUACUGGAGUAAGAUGGCCGUCGGUGACUGUACCUCGGGUCAUCUAGUCUUUCUUAUCGAUGUCUAUGGUCCAGAUCUUUACAAACAUGCGGUCUGACCCGUUCUCCUGUUCUCCUCCGCAGACGUUCUGGACGAGGAGAAGUUCAGCGUGGAGCUCGUGGUCCAGUGCAUCAGAACCUCCAACGCGCCACAAACGCAUCACCACGCUCUGCUGCUGCUGGGCUCUGCCGCCGCCAUCUUCCCUGUGAGUAGUUCACCUUUCACCUUUUAACGAAGAGUCGAACUUUUCAAACAGAAACUCAAAGACGAUUAAAAAAGUUUCUUCUGACUGAACCAGAGAAAAAAAGAUUUACCGUCGAAGAUGAAAACUGAGAAAUGAGACGGAAACAAAGUCCAGAGAGAGUAAUCUGACAUCUUUCCUCCUCCUCCUCCUUCUCCUCCUCCUCCUCCUACAGGAGAAGGUCCUUCACAACAUCAUGCCGAUCUUCACCUUCAUGGGGGCGAACAUCCUGCGUCUGGACGACUCAUACAGCUUCAGGGUCAUCGAUAAGACGGUUCAGAUGGUGAUCCCGGCCCUGCUGCAGGUGAGUCUGAACCCUGAUCCGGUCCCUGAGGUGGACUCUGAACCCUGAUCCGGUCCCUGAGGUGGACUCUGGACAAACAUCUGAGUCUGAAGCUCCUCCUCUUCCUCCUCCUCUUCCUCAGGCCCACAGGCUCUCUGACGGCAGCUCCUCCCCUCACAUGGUUUCCAUGGUGACUAAGAUCCUGCACGUGUUUGCCGACGCCCUUCCUCACGUACCGGAUCAUCGCCGCAUCCCGAUCCUCAGUCAGCUGGUGACCACGCUCGGCCCCGCCCACUUCCUCUGGGUCCUGAUGCUGCUCCUGUUCAAGCUGCACGCCACGCAGAGCGCCGGCACCGCCACCGAGAAGGUGAAGCGUUUUCUUUUCGUCAACGUUCAGCUUUCGAUGAAAACAUCGAAUUAUUUAAACUUUAAAUUUGUUUUAUUUUGUAAAAUUCAGACUCUGAUUUUUGUACGAUAAAAACAAAUUUAUUUUUAUUUGCGUUUUAUUUUUUCUGUUUUAAAACAUUUCAAACUUUUUCUUUGAGGCCUCGUUAACCCUUCGCUCUCCUGUGUUUUUCUCACAGGACGCAGCUCUGGACACAGACGUGGACUUCUGGAUCUCCCUCUGCUGUCAGUUCGAGGUGUCGGAUCAGCUGACCUCGAUCAUCAACAUCCUCUCCUUCCUGCUGCAGCUUCCUGACGACAAAGACGAAGGUGAGACGAGGACGGUCCUCCUGAGGUGGUUCUAACGGUCUUUAACGGACCUCCUGAUCUGACUGAAGCCGACGCUUUUCUCUCCUCUGCAGCUCAGCAGAAACGCCCCGUCAGCCGGCGAGGAGCGGUGAAGAAGAAGGAGGAGGAGGAGGAGAAGGUGGAGGAGCUGAUCUUCAGGGUGGAGGCUCACAGCAGCAAAGAGCUGCGACACUUUAAGUUCCUCUGCGUCUCCUUCAUGGCUCAGCUGCUCGGCUCCAACAGCUUCAUCGGGAAGGUGAGGGACGGUUCAGGGGGGCGUUCACGACCCGCCGUCAUGUUCAUCAGAGAAACCAGCAGGAGGUUUUUAGAGGAGGGGACGUGGACUCAGAGACUUCUGGUCCUGGUCCUGGUCCUGAACAGUUUCAUCCUGUUUAAUUAAAGAAAGUUUUGCGUUUAUAUAGAAAACCUGAAGUCAAAGGUCGCCUCAGGGGUUCCUCAGGGAUCUGAGUUUGGCCCACUCUUCUUUAAUAUAAACAUGAAUACAUAAAUAUGUAAUAUGCAUAAUAUAAAAGAACAUAAUUAUAAUAUGAUUAUAAUAGAAAAAAUAUCAUAUAAUAACAUAAUUAUAAUAUAAAUGGAAUAAUAUGAAAUAAUUACAAUACAAAUAUAAUGAUAUAUAAAGUACUUAUAAUAAAAAUUUGAUAAUAUAAUAUAAUAUAACAUAAAGGUAAUCAUAUAAAAUAAUAAUAAUAUAAUGUAAAAUUAAUAAUAUAAUUUAACAUAACAUAAUUAUAAUAUGAUUAUAAUAGAAAUAAUAUAAUAUGACAUAAUUAUGAUAUAAAUGGAAUAAUAUGAAAUAAUUACAAUAUAAAUAUAAUGAUAUAAUAUAAAGUACUUAUAAUAAAGAUUUGAUAAUAUAAUACAAUAUAACAUAAUUAUAAUAUAAAUAUAAUAUAAAGGUAAUGAUAUAAAAUAAUAAUAAUAUAAUGUAAAAUUAAUAAUAUAAUUUAACAUAACAUAAUUAUAAUAUAUAUAAGAUAAUAUAAGCUAACUAUAAUAUAAAUAAUGUAAUAUAAUAUAACAUUAUAAUAUAAAUGUAAAAUAAAUAAUAUAAUUUAACAUUAUAUAAUUUAUUAUAAAUAUAAUAUAAAUAAAAUAGGUUGAUGUAAUAUAGCAUAAUUAUUAUAUAAGUAUAAUAUAAUAUAAUAUAAUGUAAUAUAAUAUCUCCGUUUCAGGUCGCAGACGGCGGUGAUGAUGUCGACGAGUCUCUUCAGCAGCUGCAGCAAAAGUGAGUUCAAACCGAGACGUUACAGCGUCAGAGCUGUGUGUGUGUGUGUGUGUGUGUGUGUGUGUGUGUGUGUGUGUGUGUGUGUGUGUGUGUAAGGGGGGGUUUAACGUGUGAGUGUGUGUGUGUGUGUGUGUGUGUGUGUGUGUUUCAGACUGCUGGAGGAGGUCCUGCGGUACAUCCACAGUGUCGCUCACUGUGUGGAGGAAAACGCCGACAAACCGACCGCCAAGUUCUGGAGAGUUCUGCUGAACAAAGCCUACGACGUCCUGGAUAAGGUCUGACUUUACGCCGCUUUACUGUAGAGAUGGAGGUGGGCGGGGCUCAGGUGGGGAUCAGGGUUCAGGUGAUCAUGCUGUUUCCUCCCGUCAUCCAGGUGAACUCCUUGUUACCAACGGACACCUUCAUCACGGUGAUGAGGGGGCUGAUGGGUAAUCAGCUGGCGUCUGUGAGGAGGAAGGCCAUGGAGCUGCUGAACAACAAGCUGCAGCACAGACACACCUGGGACGAACAACAGGUGACUGAGGGGCGGGUUAUUUUCAGCUGUAGGGGGCGCCAGUCUACGAGUCUGGGAUAAUUUAGGUGUAAAUUAACUUGUUAACUAACUCAUUAACUAACUUGUUAAUUAACUAAUUAACUAACUUGUCGACUAACUUGUUAAUUAACUUGUAAAUUGAUUUGCUAACUAACUUGUUGAUUAACUAACUCAAGAACUGACUUGUGAAUGAACUUGUUAACCUACUAAUUUAUUUACUUGUUGAUUAACUGACUUGUUAACUAACUCGUUAAUUAACUGACUCGUGUAAUAAUUUAUUUACUAACUCAUUAAUUAACUUGUGAAAUAACUACUGUGCUAACUAACUUGUUGAUUAACUAACUCAAUAACUGACUUGUGAAUUAACUUGUUAACGUACUCAUUUAUUUACUCGUUAAUUAACUGACUCGCAUAAUAAUUUAUUUACUAACUCAUUAAUUAACUUGUGAAAUAAUUACUGUGUUAACUAACUUGUUAAUUAACUAGAUGGUGUACUCGUCAACUGCCUCAUUAACUAACUAGUUAAAUAACUCGGUAACUGACUUCCAUUAUAAAUCAUUCAAUAACUCGUUAAUUAACUCGUUUAUUUACUUGUUUAUUAACUCAUGAACAAACUGCAAUAAAUUAAGUAACUGACUCGUUGACUGAUUCGUUAACCAUUUUUGUUUACUAACUUACUGACUUGUUACGUUGAUUGUUAAAUAACUCGUUAACUUACUCGUUGACUAACAUGUAAAUAAACUAAUUAAGCGUUGCGUCUCCUUGUCAUUAAUUUUCUUCUUAAAUUGAAACUCAAACUUUUCUCCGACAGGUCGCCGCUCUGUUACAGCUGACAGGCGACCUGCUGAGCAUCGUGGGUAAAAGUCAGAGUCAGCUGACGGAGGAGGAGGCGGAGCACGCCAUCAACCGUCAGACAGCGCUCUACAGCCUCAAGCUUCUCUGUCGCAGUUUCGGCUCCGACCACCAGGAGGCGUUUGUCCCUGUGCUGCUGCAGACGGUGGAGGUCGUCAUGACGCCCGAGGAGGAGAAGAACGUGACGGGCAGCGCUCUGCUGUGCGUCGCCGAGGUCGUGAGCGUGCUCAAAGCGCUCGCCAUCCCACAGUUACCGAGGUCAGAACGGGAAAAAUGAUGAUUCAGUCAGUCCUGCCCUCUGAUUGGUCAGCUGUUCACAGGUGUGUUUUACCUGCAGGUUGAUGCCGGCGGUGCUUCAGACUCUCACAGACAGGAAGGAGCUGCUGACCAAUGAGAUCUACCUGCUGAGCGCCGUCACCGCCCUGCAGCGCGUCACGGAGACGCUGCCGCACUUCAUCAGCCCUUACCUGCAGGACAUCACGGCGCAGGUAAAGACUCACCUGUCGACGGCGUGAAGCUGAAGGUCGUUUGUUCUGAUUGGAUCAUUUUGAGCUGCUGUCGCUCCUGCAGGUGUGUCGUCUGACUCGGCUGGUACAGUCCUCCUCCUCCUCCUCCUCCACCACCUCCACCCAGCUGUCCACACGUCUCGCCUCCCUCAGGAAAACCCUCGCCACCAAUCUGCCCCCCAGGGUCCUACUGCCCACCCUCAGCAGGUGCUACAGCUCCAUGGUGGUGGACAAAAAGGUGAGACACUCCUGAUCCUUUCUGAAGAAUCCGUCUCCGUAUGUUCGACCCCGCCGUGGACACGAGCUCCGUCCACUUCAGACCGUCUCAUUGGUCUUUCUCCUGCAGGCUCAGCUGGGGGCGCUGAUGAGCAUCCUGAAGGAACACAUCAGUCACAUGGAGAAGGACCAGCUCAACGUCCACCAAUCAGAGCUCACCUCCUUCUUCCUCACGGCGCUCGACUUCAGGGCUCAGCACUGUCAGGUGGGUCGCGGGUUCAUCUCUGCUGCAUUCAGGGAAGUCCGAAAAAUUAUGAUUUUUACAUUUUUAUUUAUUUGGAUCCAAAUUAGCUCCGACCGAAGUAGCAGCUCCUCUUCCUGGGGUCCUGGGUCUCGACCUGCUGUGACCACUUCAGUCUGCUGUCUAAAACAAACUAAGGAGUUUGACUUCUCCGACUUGUUCAGUGGACACGUCUUUAAUUGAUCGGUUUAUCUUUGGUUUGUCUUUCAAUUCAGAAUUUGAUCCAAAAACAAUAAUCUUUGUUUUAGAUGAAUUAGGAACAAACUUAUCACGCCAAACCCAGCCACGCCUUUAACGCAGUCCCUUAUCUAAUCACUUGAUGAAUCCUUCACCGAUCUUUCUGGUAGAUAAAGAGUUGUAUCAUGUGCGUACAUAACCACUCUAUCUUGAUUUAAAACCAGAGAAAGGUCCUUAGUGAAUGUAGAGAAGAGUAGCGGCCCCAGGAAGCCUCCCUGAGGUACGCCACAUUGAAAAUGUUUGAUAUUUGAGAAGCUCCCGUCGAGCUCUGGUCGUCACCGUGACUCUGAGACUCUCCUCAGAACGUCUGUCGUCAUCUUGUCGUUUCUUCAGGGCGAUCUGGAGAAGACGGCGGAGGUGGAGGGUCAUGUGAUCGACUGUCUGGUCUCCAUGGUGAUGAAGCUGUCCGAGGUGACGUUCAGGCCGCUCUUCUUUAAGGUGAGCUGUUCAGACUGAAGGUCGUUUUUGGCGUGUUCUGGACUCCUGCUGACGUUCUCCUCCUCCUGUUCCUCCUGCAGCUGUUGGACUGGAGUAAAUCCGACUCUAAAGAUCGUCUGCUGACCUUCUACCGUCUGUCCGACCGCAUCGCCGAGCGCCUCAGAGGACUCUUCGUCCUGUUCGCAGGAAACCUGGUGAAACCGUUCGCAGACCUGCUGAGACUCACCAGCUCCUCAAAGACAGGUGAGACGGCGGCAGGGGGCGGAGUUAAGGCGGCAUGGUUAGAUUCAGGUGGCGUCGUCUCUGAGGUCAGAUUAUUAUUAACUUCUAAAUGAGUUUGAUCAGUUUUAUUGAUCGAUUCUUAUCAGUUAUCAGUCCAGGAGAAGCAGUAUCGACCUUUUAAACUUAAUUUCCAGAUUUUUUUUGUGUUUCCUGCUGAAUUUGUUUUUCUUUUUACGGUAAAUGAACGACGAUAAUUAUAGGUUUAAAUUUUGUGCUGAAGUUUGUUUUUUUGGUGAAAACAGAAGUUAAAACAUCGGAAAAAGAAAAACAUGAUCAGUUUUCUGAGAAUCUAUCUCAGCCCAUAAAUGACUCAUACCUUCAUCAGAGGAGUCAACGCCUCACGCUCCCUCCUCACUUCCUGUUUUUUAAUUAGCGUCCUCACUUUCUCCUCUGUUCUGUCGUCAGACGAGCUUCUGUUCCCGACCGAAGACAAAGUGGCUCUGCUGCUGCGGCUCGUCCUCGACUGUCUGCACAAACUCUUCCUCUACGACACGCACAGAUUCCUCAGCAAGGAGCGAGCCGACGCCCUGCUGGGGCCGCUGGUCGACCAGGUGAGACCCUGACACCUGUCCAACACCUGUCCUACACCUUUAACGGUCAUAAAUUAACCCAUGAAGACCUGAACCCUGUCUGAGACACGCCUCUGAAAUCCUGAGGGCCAUUUUGAGAAGGGCCCCCAGAUCCUGAAAUUUACAAAAUCACUGAUAUCUCAUCCUCUGUAGCAGGUAGAAACAAACUUUAAAAAGUAUUGAGAGCUCAUACAUGUGGCUUUAAAGAUAACUCUCUUGAUUAUUGAAAACCUUGAACAAACUCUAAUGAAAUAAAGCAGCUGUAUAAAUAAAAGUAAAGACUCUGAACUGGAGAAAAACAAACUGUUUACUUUCUAUAAAACAAGUGGCACUCAUGAUAAAGUGUCCAUCAAUACAAAUGUUAACAUAAAAACUAGUGUUGAAAGGGUAUACAGCUGCCCCAGACACUAACUAAAGAACUUUAGGGGAUCAAUGAAAACUGAUCAAUAAUGUUUGUCUUAUUGAUCAACCUUAGUACUAUUAUUAGAAAUCAAUUUUAGGUCUUUUGGUCACAUGACAGUGAAGCUAUUGAAGGAAAACAGCCUUUUCUGAGAACAUCAACCGGUAAUUUAUUGACGGUCCCUUAUUCAACACCGACGUUGACAGUGAGGGUGUCGAGUAGAUUUAACCGCGCUGCUGUUGUUAUUCCCGGUUAUGGAGAGUGAGGAGACACCGGUAGAUCCUCAGAGAAUGUCCGUCAGAUAUCCAACCUGAAACUAACUUCACCGCCGUAUUUACAGGAAAAUAUAUCCAACCUGAAACUAACUUCACCGCCGUAUUUACAGGAAAAUAUAUCCAACCUGAAACUAACUUCACCGCCGUAUUUACAGGAAAAUAUAUCCAACCUGAAACUAACUUCACCGCCGUAUUUACAGGAAAAUAUAUCCAACCUGAAACUAACUUCACCGCCGUAUUUACAGGAAAAUAUAUCCAACCUGAAACUAACUUCACCGCUGUAUUUACAGGAAAAUAUAUCCAACCUAAAACUAACUUCACCGCCGUAUUUACAGGAAAAUAUAUCCAACCUGAAACUAACUUCACCGCCGUAUUUACAGGAAAAUAUAUCCAACCUGAAACUAACUUCACCACCGUAUUUACAGGAAAAUAUAUCCAACCUGAAACUAACUUCACCGCCAUAUUUACAGGAGAAUAUAUCCAACCUAAAACUAACUUCACCGCCGUAUUUACAGGAAAAUAUAUCCAACCUAAAACUAACUUCACCACUGUAUUUACAGGAAAAUAAACAUUUGUUGAUUUUUUUAUUCGCACGUGACCUUAAAUACAUCUGACAGUUCGCACACGUCUAUUUUUAGUCGCUAAUGCGAGUGAAACGGUCUCACUGUUGAGGCCUGUGUUUCAGACUCACAGACUCUUCAUCCUCUCUGCACACUGAGAUCUUAAUUGACCGUCUGAACAGGAAGUCAGUAGCGUGUCCGUCUGACCCGUCGGUCUCUGAUGGUUUGAGGAUUCUGAGAAUUAAGAGUCAUGAGGAAGGUCCCGCCCUCUGGUCCGGUUUAUUUAGCGGACUUCUCUUUUUCUGUGAAAAUUGAUUAAAUCUAUUUCUUAGACAGAUGACUCAGUGUGUGUGUGUGUGUGUGUGUGUGUAUGUGUGUGUGUGUGUGUGUGUGUGUUUGUUUCAAACAGCUGGAGAACAUGGUGGGUGGAGUCCAGGUGUACCAGCAGAGGGUGACUCAGCACCUGGUCCCGUGUGUGGGUCAGUUCUCCGUGGCGUUGGGUGACGAUACUCUGUGGAAAACCCUCAACUACCAGAUCCUGCUGAAGACCAGACACACCAACGCCAAGGUGACACACACACACACACACACACACUGUGGGCCCUGAGCGUUGCCUCACAGGCUCUUCGCAGACACUCUCAGUCAGACGUGAAGGUUUUAAGGACUGUCGUUCUGUUACUGCGGUCCAAGGUUUAAGCCCCUCCCCCUCCUCCCCUCUCAGGUGCGUUUCUCCUCCCUCUUGUUGCUGAUGGAGCUGGCGUCCAAACUGAAGGAGAACUACAUGGUGCUGCUGCCAGAGACCAUCCCGUUCCUGGCUGAACUCAUGGAGGGUGAGGAGUCUCUGCGGAGGCGCUGAUCUUCUUCUUCUCCUUCUUCUUCUUCUUCUUCUUCUUCUUCUCCUCCUUCUUCUUCUUCUUCUUCUUCUUCUUCUUCUUCUUGAUCAGCUGUUUCUGUGUUCGGUCGUCACAAACAUGUUUUAGCUUCUUUUAAGUAUCUGAGGUUUCACACAGCGAGCAGAUCUCUGCUGAGUUUAUUUAUACAGAGCUGAUGAUUUAAGUUUAAAAUAAACCUGCAGUUCCCAGAGUGUUUCAUAACGUGAGUCCGUCCCCAUAGAACCUCAUGUUAAAGUUCGACAGCAGAAAUAAACAUCAGCCUAAAACAAACCCAGUUUCAACUCGAGGGGAUUGAUCCUCUAGAUCAGUGGUUCUCAGCUGGUCUUACUCGGAGACCUACUUUUUCCCAUGAUCCUUCAGUCAUGACCCACCUUUAUAAAAUUCAAACCAAGAAAAUUUAUUUCUUAUAAAAAACAUUUAAAGACUCAAAUCUUUGACAUAAACUCAGUUUUUUAUUGAGUAAAGUGCAUUUCAUUUUAUAGUCCGAAAAAUACGGUAUUUACUUUUUUGACCAGCUGUUCGUGACCCAUCCAGGACGUGUUCAUGACCCACUUUUGGGUCAGGACCCACCAGUUGAGAACCACUGCUCUAGUGGAGACUCGUGGUACUGCAGGUUGAGCUUUUGAGCUCAGGUCAAAGGUCAAACUCCUGCGGGUCAUUCAGCACAGAUCAUAACAUGCGGUCUGAUGUUCUGGUGUUUCAGAUGAGUGUGAGGAGGUGGAGCAGCAGGUCCAGAAGGUGGUUCAGGAGAUGGAGAACAUCCUGGGAGAACCUCUACAGAGCUACUUCUAACACACACACACACACACACACACACACACACACACACACACACACAGAGUUUUGAUAUUCAGUCAUUGUUUGUUUGUUUUAUAAAGAAGUAAAAACUGAACCCGCUCUGUUUUGUUUUCAUUAAAGGUGUUUUUUUUUUCAAUUCAGAAUAAAACUGUAAAAUAAAUUAAAAUUAAAAAUUAGAUUUUUGAAGUUAGGGCGACUCAGAAAAGGAAGAGAUGUACUCUCUCCAACGUCCAGCAGGGGGCGUCUACUCCUCAGCUGAUUUACCCCCUUCAGUGUUCCUGAUGAGUCUGCGGUCUCAGUCUCUAGUUCAGACACGUGAACUUGAAUGGUUACGAUCAGCUACGAUCGGAGGAUACGACCUUUUCGUAGACGUUCAGGAUGAAGGUGGAAACUGGGGGUUAGAGCCUCUAAACAUCAGCAGGUGUCUCCAGACUUUAAUCUCCCAAGUAUUUGGUCAUAAUUCGGACUUGGACUCGGGAGUUUGUGGUCUGUCUCUGAGCUCUGACAAGUUUUUUUAUUUUAAUAAAAAUAAAAAAGGUUAAUUAAAUAACUCUGAUUAAAAAAGGUAAACUAAAAAUAUUUUACUCUAUAAAAAUAAAAAAGGUAAACUGAAUUUUUUUAUUUAUUAAAAAUAAAAAAGGUUAAUUAAAUAAUUCUGAUAAAAAAGGUAAACUAAAAAUAUUUUACUCAAUAAAAAUAAAAAAGGUAAACUGAAUUUUUUUAUGUAAUAAAAAUAAAAAAGCUACGCUGAAUAAUCUUUAUUGAUUGUAAAUUUAGUUUCUGAUUUAGUGAUUUUCGGUUCAGACCCUUUGUUGCUGUAGUAACAGUGCAAAGUGUGUUUUUUUUCCGUGGUCCUGCAGAAACCCGGUCCACAUCGACCCGGUCCAGCAGGUCAGCGUGUCCCGCCUCCUCCCUGUCUGUCUGCAGCUGAACAACAAUAACACAAUAACACAUACUUCCCAUUGUUUGGACCUCACCUCAGAUAUCAUCUGACUCUCACCCGUGUCUUAAUGUGUGACUUCCUGUUUACAGACUUUCACAAUUAGAGUUUGUGGAGAUGUUGCCAGUAAACCUGAGCUCAACUUUCAGUAUGAGGACAGAUCCGUUUCUUUCAGAGAGGCAUUUCUCAGAACGAGGUGGAGGACUGGACUUCCUGUUCUUCAGGACCAACCAGCUGACUCCAACUUUUUCGGUUUAAUGAGCGAUAAUUUGAUGUUUCAGUGUCGGCGUGCUGAGACUCCUGCUGGACCUGGUACCUCAGGGUCAGAUCAUCUCUCCUGAUGAUUCACAGUUUGAUUAUUUUAGACAGUUUUUAUUGGAAACCUUAAAAAAGCUCAAACUUGCUGAUUUUAGAGGCUGGUUCUUCAAACUUCCUGCCUCUCCCUUCAGUAAAGAGAUGGUGACGUUUGUUGAGAUGUGAGACUGAUUUUCAUAGUUUCGCCGUUUCUCACCGUGGCGGUUUAUCGCAGAGGUGUGACUUUAUCUGUCACUUCCUCUCUGUUGUUUCAAAUAAACUUCUUUAUUCUUUUAAAACAACUUUCCAUCAUUAAUUUCAGACUUUUCUCACAAUAUAAACAAAAAAAAAAACUUUUCCUCUGAAGACAAAAACUUAUUUUUAUUAUCUUUACUGUCUUUGUUGGUGUAAUGAUUAACUUUUAUUCUCCUGAUUGUAGAAUGAGAAAAUCAUGACUUUUCUCAUGACUCAGGUCCUCUACACUGACAGAGGAUUUAUAAUAACAUGAACCUUUCCCACAUUUUUAAUCAUUUAAAUCAUAUCAGUGUCUUUUAUUUUGAAACGAUUUGACAUUUCACAUCCUCAAAGAGACCUCAAGUAAAAAAGUACUUUUCAUUUCAUUAAUGAAAAUUAAAAGACAAACUGAAUUAUUCUGAAAGUGUAGAUUAAGAUUAAAAAAAACAUCAAAUUAUUCUGAUUUAAUAGAGAUAAAAAGACUAACUGAAAUAUUCAGAUUGAUUACAAAUAAAAAUACAAAACACAAACUGAUUUUUUUAUUAAAAAAAAAAAAAAAAAGGUAAACCUAAUUGUUUUGGUUUAAAAAAAUUAAAGGUAAACUUUUUUAUUUUUAUUUGUUUGUUCUAUUUAAUAAAAAUAAUAAAAGGUAAGCCAAAUUAUUUGUAUUUAAUAAAAAAAAACAUAUUUUUGAUUUAAUAAAAAUAAAAAAGAUAAACAGAUUUUUUUUAAAGGAAUAAAAAAGGUAAAGUGAAUAAUCUUUAUUGAUUAUAAUUAAGUUUCUGACUUUCUGUUCCUGUUGUUACCUUGUAUAUAUAUCUAUGAGAAAGGCGGUACUAUAUAUAUGUUUGUUUGGUUUUAACGGUCUGAAGUUUAAAUUUUUGACAAACACCUUAAAAAAAAGAACCCUCACUGACGUCACGCCCCCCUCCGCCCACGGUUGGCGGGUGCUGACGUCACGGGUCGUUUAUAGGACGGUCCGGUCUCGAGCCGGUGACAGUGUGCGCGUGCAAAGGUGAGACGGAGCGAGAGUUCGUCAAGAUGAGGAGCGCGAGGAUUCUGCUGCAGCGCGUGAACGGACGGAGCCUUCAUCAUCACCACCAUCAUCAUCAUCAUCUUCACUCUCAGCCGGUGUCUGUGGGGAUCAUCGGAGCUCCUUUCUGCAAAGGACAGGUGUGUGUGUGUGUGUCUGUGCGUGCGCGUAUAUGUGGAUGUGUGUGUGCGCGAGCUCUGACUCUUCCUCUUCCUCCUCUUCAGCCUCGCGGAGGGGUCGAGAGAGGACCAGACCUGAUCAGGGCUGCAGGACUGCUGAGCAGACUGACCGAGCAAGGUGUGUGUGUGUGUGUGUGUGUGUGUGUGUGUGUGUGUGUGUGUGUGUGUGUGUGUGUGUGUGCGCACGCCCCUCUGUGUGUGUGUGUGUGUGUGCACGCAUGCGUGUGCGCGUGUGCCUCCCUGUUACUCUUAAAUGUUUAAAAAGCCUCAGAGUUCCUGUUUGUGUUUGUAGAGUGAAGGUUUGUUUUCCUCUAAUUAUUCUGGAUUAAGUUUUUUUUUUAUCACUAAUAUUCAAACUGGAGUCUGAGUUCUCCAUCAGGACUGUAGAAAUACAUUUAAUUAGUAAAAAUUAAAUAAGUUGACUGACUCUGGGAGCUGAGUUAAAUGUCAGACAUUAACCUGAUCAGUCUGAGACUCUGCAGCAGCAGCAGCAGCUGGUCGUCGGUGAGGCUGUCUGACUAAUGUGGCGCAGUCAAAGUGAAAGUGAGAUGAGUAUCUCUGAAGUGGAAAUAACCACGAGCAGAAAAAAAAGACCUCAGUAAAAGUAUUUCAAACUUUAAAAUCAUAGAAAAACAUGAAGAACACAUUUAUAAAACAAGACCUGAUCACGCCCCUCCACGACUUUAACGUCAUUUUGAAUUAAUUUAAUAUUUGUACUGAAUCUGAGACCUUCAAUAUUUCCAUCUGUCCACACUCUUCCAUGAUUCCCCCAAAAUAUGAUUAAAUUUGACUUUUUUAUAUUAAUGGAGAGAUUUUUAAGUUGAAACCCUUUUAUUUACUCCUUCAUAUUAUUGAUUAUGAAUACAGGUCCGAGUACAGAUCCCUGUGGUACACCAGGUUAGAGCGUGUUAGAGUGGUUACAGUGUGUGUGAAGAACAACCAUUAAUGACUAAACUCUCACUCAUAACUGAUUCAAUCAAUCAAUCAUUCAAUCAAUCAGUCUUUAUUUAUAUAUCACUUUUCAUACACGACCAGGUACCACAAAGUUCUUUACACAGAAAAAGGAAUAAAAGAAACAAAGAAAACCCAAAUCUACCUAAACCCCUCAUUCCCACCAUCUGAACAGAAACAGGAUUAAAAUAUAUCUACUUACUUGACUUGUUUUAAAACUCAAGAUAAGGAAACAGUGGAGGUUAAAAAUCUAAAAACAAAGUAACAUAAAAUGAAAUUUAAGAAAUAAUCAAUAAAAUGAAAUAAAAAACAACAGUAAGAGAUCUUAAAAUAAGAGCACUGAAACAGCUCAAUAAAAGACGAUCCUGUCAUUAAAACUAGAAAGAGAUAAAUGCUAAAAGACUUCAACAAAGUUAAUGAUAUAAAAUGUAGUUAAAAGUAAAACUAUAAAGGUUUUCACCGUUUCAAAAUCCACAAUGUUGUAAUUGGUGUAACAUCAUGAAUGUGUUAAAAUAAUUUGAUAAGAAAUAACAAAGGCCCUCGUCCAGAUCCCCACCCCCCGGUUCCUCUCAGACCUGGUACAGCAGCUGAACUCGCUGUUGUGGUUUUGUUGUUUCCUGUUCAGCCUCUCUAUCUGAUGAUGUCGUGACGCUAUCGUUGUUGUUGUCGUGCGGCGGCGCAGCGGCUUUAAUUUCACUUUCACUAUGAGGACAGGUUUUCUUUCUCCAUGAGAAGAAGAAUUUUCAUCACUCAGACACCUGUGAGGGGACUUCGAAUAAUAAUAAUGAAAAUAAUAACUUUAUUUAAAAACAGACGUUUACAAAGUGUUUUGACAUAUAGUCAUAAAAUACAUGAAAAAAGACAUAAAAACAAAAAGCUCUGUUAAAACAGAAUUAAAGGUUUUCAUUAGAAACCCAGACAAUACAAGAACCCUAAAACCAGUUCAAAGCCGAGCUGCUGCCUUCUAAACCAGUCUGGGGAGGGAGGGUCGAAAAUUGAAAAAAAAUUCAACAUAAAAAAAAAACUGUCAAAAAAUUCAGUGUCAAAAAAUUUUGUGUAAAACAAUCAAAUAAAGUCAGACUGGUCAUGUGACACUGACCCCACUGGAAGACUGAGGAAUCGAUUUCUUCCCCAGAUUACCCGGAUGUUGAGUCCGUCUGUUUUACACAAAGUUUUUUGACAGUGAAGUUGAAUUUUUACUACUAAAUAUUUUGAGAGACUGAUUUUUUUGACACUGAAUUUGUUUUAUCAUUGUGAAAAAAAAAAAAGUGUAAGAAAUGAAACUGCGUGCCUGAAAUUCAGUAGAUUUGAAAUUCAAAGUCUGAUUUUGAUGCAAAAAAAAAUUCAGCUUUAGAAAUUCAGAUUCAAAUCAGAUGGCACAGAUUGACUUCCGUAGUGAUUUCUUAUUUAAACCAGGGAGGAGAGAGUUACAGAAGUCCGACCUUGAGAGAAGGAGAGCGUGGAUUAUUUUUUGAGAUCUGGUUGGAGUGGGUGGAGAAGGUGAGGUCUGAAUCAAAGGUUACUCCCAGAAACCUUCGAUGUGCGCGUGACUCCUCCUCCUGGUGAUCCAAACGUUUUCAGACGUUUCUCACUGACAGACUUAUCGGUGACUUAUUGGACGCUCAGCAGCAGGUUAUUCUGUCUGUAAAAUCUGUUUACUUUGAAUUUCAUCAUCAUCAGAAUUUUCCACACAGAUGACCUUUUACACCUUAAUGUUUACUCAGAGAGCAUUCUGGGAAAAUACGGCUGUGAGGAGGUUUUCAUGGACUCUACGCAAAAUCAGAGAAAUGUGGGAUUAAAGGGCCAGUCUGCUAAAAAUCAAACAGGGAAAAGUUUCCUCAUGUUGUAACAGUAGAAGUGUGUGUUUCAGGCUGUGCAGUGAAGGAUUAUGGGAACGUGGCGUUUGAGGACGUAGCGGACGCCAAGCCGCUGGGUUUGCUGAAAAACGUGCAGGCGGUGGGCAGCGCCAACCAGAGGCUGUCUGAGGCGGUGCAGGCCGUCAAGAAGGACGGACACACGACGGUGAUGCUGGGAGGAGACCACAGGUGUGUGUGUGUGUGUGUGUGUGUGUGUGUGUGUGUGUGUGUGUGUGUGUGUGUGUGUGUGGACUACUGUCUGAAUAACAGAAACACGUUAAAUCAAACACUGUUACCUCAAACUGACACCUUUAAUUCAACACCUUUAACACAGUCAUGUUGUCUGACGGUCAGUGAAUGCAUCACCGCCCAACGCCAUCACAAACCUGACAAACUGACAGGAAGUGAUGAGGCAGAAAAGUCAGAGUGUUGCAGAUUUAAGGCUCUGCGGUUUCAAAUGAACACAUGAUACCUGUGACUGAACACGUACUGUGAGGUAUGAGUCAGUACAAGAACAAUUUAUUCUUACAACAGUCAGUGAACGCAUCGUGGGUUAGGUGAAAUUUAUUUUAGUAACGGUCAGAAGUUGCAUCACCAUUUAUGUGCAAUUCAGUCAGUCAGUGAACGCACCACGAUCUGGAUCUCUUCCAUUUUUAUAACAGUCAAUAAAUGAUUCACCAUUUGGUGGAAAUUUAUUAUUCAACAGUCAGUGAAGGCAUCACCGGUUAAGAAGGCACGCAGCUUUUUUUUCUGCAUAUUUGAUGAGUCCGGGGGGGUUUAACUGAGUUUUAUAAAAAAAUAAAACAUGAAUAUUGAAAACAACACAGAGGAGGAGAAAACGAAAGAUUCAGCAGUUCAUCAAAAUUCUGUGGAACAGGAGGAGUGAAUGAAGUGAGAGGAUGAACAUUUAGUGUUUAAAAUCAGAGUUUGGAGUGAGAGGAGGGAAAAAAACCUUUGAGUUUAGACAUGUGUGUGUGUGUGUGUGUGUGUGUGUGUUUCUUGUGUGUGUGUGUGUUUCUUUCACACGUGGAAACACACACACACACACACACACACACGGCUGAGUUUCUCACUCUGACUUUACUCUGAACGUUCUGACGUUAAAACAGAGAAGAUAGUUCUCCGCAGGUGGAGGUGAUCAUGUUGAUAUCAUCAGUUCUCUCAGACACGACCUGAAGUUAUUGUACAUAAUAACUCUUGAAUCUGUCCGACAGUCAGUGAACGCAGCACAGUGUCCCUCUCUGGUUUCUGAACUCUGACAUGAUGAGAAGAAGUUAAACAGUCGAUGGCGUUCAGUCUGUCAAUCAUCCACAGACUGGACCCCAAACCAACAUCUGGACCUGACCUUCAGCCUGUAGAGUCUGAGCAGGUGUGAUCAGAGCUCAGCUGGACCAGAAUCAGAGAUAUGAACCAGGAGGAGAAAAAACAAGAGACUGAGAUCUUCACGGAGUCGGAGGACGUGACUCUUCACGGUGGUUUCACUCACAUGUUCACGUCUUUGUGUGUUUGUCAGUUUGGCCAUCGGCUCCAUUCACGGUCACUCAGCGGCGGUGGGAGAUCUGAACGUCAUUUGGGUCGACGCCCACGCUGACAUCAACACGCCGCUGACCACGAAUACAGGAAACCUGCACGGACAGCCCAUGUCCUACCUGCUGAAGGAGCUGCACUCCAAGGUCAGGUCAUGGUUCAGGUCUACGGUUCAGGUUCAAGAUCAGGAACUUUAGGGCUCUCCAAACUAAAGUCUGAUUUGGUUCCUACAGGUCCCCCCUCUGCCAAGCUUCUCCUGGAUCAAACCCUGUGUGUCGGCCCAGAACCUGGUCUACAUCGGACUGAGAGACGUGGAUCCUGGAGAGCAGUGGGUUUGGUUCACAAUCCUUCAUGGUGGAGAUCUUAGGAUAGAAAAACAACAAAAUUCACUUCAAUGGAGAUCGGAGGCAGAGUCGCUGCUUUCUGUGGAUGAUGUGGUUCUUCAGAGAUAUAAAACAAAACAACCAAUCAAUCAAUCAAUCAAUCAAUCAGAUAUUUAUUGAUCUCUGUUCAUUUCACAGCAGUUUCAGCUGAAAUGAUAAACUCUCUCUCUCUCUCUGACAGUUACAUCCUGAAGAUGUUGGGCGUGAAGGUCUUCUCCAUGUCGGAGGUGGAUCAGCUCGGCGUGUCCAGAGUGAUGGAGGAGACGUGUGACUUCCUGUCCUCCAGGUGAGCUCUCACUCUUCAUCACUGGAGCUGCACCGCCACCUUUAAAAAAAACACACAACAGGUGCUAACGCUGAUUUCUUCAGGGGGAACCGACCGAUCCACCUGAGCUACGACAUCGACGCCAUCGACCCCUCCAUCACUCCUGCGACAGGGACCCCCGUGGUGGGCGGGCUCACCUACAGAGAGGGGCUCUACAUCACGGAGCAGCUCUGUCAGACAGGUACGACUCGAACCCUCAAGGAAGGUAAACGCGGUCUCCGGUUCUCCUCUCACCCGUGUCCGUCCUGCAGGUCGUCUGUCGGCGGUGGACAUGGUGGAGGUGAAUCCUCUGCGGGGUCAGAACCCGGAGCAGGUUCAGUCCACGGUCAGCAUGGCGGUGGACCUGCUGCUCGGCUGUUUUGGACGCCUCCGUGAGGGAAACCACCCCAAAGAUUACCAGCUGCCUGAACCGUGA